UAUGAGGCCGGAACUGGGCAGGUGAGGUGAAGCGGAGGAUUUUGACAAACACAAACGGCGACUUCGCCGCGGCCGCUUGUAUGGCUGAGGCGGUGAAGCCCCAGCGCCGGGCCAAGGCCAAGGCCAGCAAGGCUAAAACAAAGGAAAAGAAGAAACAUGAAACCCUUCGGACAGAAGAGUCUGAUGAAGUCUCCCUUCCACAAACCAUAGAGCAGGAGAUCUCUUCUUCACCGUGUGAAUUCAAAGGAGAUCAUCUGAAGGUGUUAACUGAUUCCCAGCUCUAUAGUGAUGCCAGUGGACAGAAUGAAAGUGAGAUGUUUGAUGUACCACUCACCUCCCUGACUAUAGGUGAACAGGGGUCUCUGAUAUGUAAUGCAGAUCUCCUAAAAGAAAGGGAAGCAGUAAGAGUCUGUGUUGGGGAUGAUGUAAGCCAGCUGAAGGUUGACCAUGGAACUAAAGUAGAAUCCCUCAAGAACUUGACAGAAGUUGAAGAAAACAUAUUGGCACAAUGUGGACCUUCAGAAAGCACACUGCAGUCUGCUUCUUUCUGCACACAAAAGGAAAUGGAAAAUUUACAAAACAGAGAGACUCAUAAUAGGAAAGAAGAUAAAGCCCUGGAUGGUUCUUUAGAGGUGCUGCAAAAUGUUGGCUUGCAAAGUUCUUAUGAAGCCAAAGAAGUUUCUCAGCUACCUAGAGUGAAGAAACUGUAUCCCCAGUUGCCAACUGAAAUUGCUGGAGAAGUACCAGCUUUGGUAGCAGUGAAGCCUUUGCUUUAUAGUGAGAGGCUAUACCCAGAACUCCCAUCUCAACCAGAACUAGUACCAUUUACUAAAGAGCAGCUAAAAAUCUUGGAGCCUGGUUCUUGGCUGGAGAAUGUUGAGUCAUAUUUAGAAGAAUUUGAUAGUAUGGCUCACCAGGACAGGCAUGAAUUUUAUGAGUUGCUCUUGAACUACUCACGGUGUAGGAAGCAAUUACUGCUGGCUGAAGCUGAGCUGCUUACUCUUACGUCUGAUUGCCAAAAUGCUAAAAGUCGACUGUGGCACUUUAAGGAGGAACAAAUAUCUGUGCAGGGUAUUUGUGCAGAUCAAGUGAAAGUUUCUGGCUAUCAUCGCUACCAGAGAGUAGAAAUGAAUGAAAAUGCAUUGGGUGAGCUGAAGAAACUAUUUGAUGCCAAAUCUGAGCACCUCCACCAGACCCUGGCUCUUCAUUCUUACACUUCUGUGCUCUCAAGGUUACAAGUGGAAUCUUACAUCUAUGCGUUGCUCAAUAGCUCAGCUGUUCUGAGAUCUUUAGCAAUUCAUCAGCAAGGCCCAGCUCCUGAAGUGACAGAAAGCAUUCCCUCUGAUUUGUGUCAGCUGAAGGAGUGCAUUAGUGUCUUGUUCAUGUUCACUAGGAGAGUGAAUGAAGACACUCAGUUCCAAGAUGAUAUUCUUCUCUGGCUGAAGAAAUUGGUGUCAGUAUUACAAAGAGUUGGCUGUCCUGGAGAUCACCUCUUCCUCCUAAACCAUAUUCUUCGGUGCCCAGCAGGUGUUAGUAAGUGGGCCGUUCCUUUCAUCCAGAUCAGAGUGUUGAAUAACCCAUCAGGAGUCUUUCAUUUUAUGCAGUCCCUUGCCCUGCUAAUGUCUCCUGUCAAAAAUCGAGCAGAGUUUAUGUGUCACAUGAAGCCCAGUGAGCAGAAGCCAUCCUCCUCGGGGCCUGCGUCUGGAACUUGGACACUAGUGGAUGAGGGAGGGGAAGAGGAUGAAGACCCUGAGACUAGUUGGAUUCUCCUGAAUGAAGAUGACUUGGUCAUCCUUUUGUCACAGUUUCCAUUUCAUGAACUCUUUCAACAUCUUCUUGGGUUUAAAGGAAAAGGUGAUUAUUUUCCUGAAACAACAAGACCUCAAGAGAUGAUGAAAAUUUUUGCUUUUGCCAACUCCUUAGUGGAACUUCUGGCUGUGGGAUUAGAAACCUUUAACAGAGCUCGUUAUAGGCAGUUUGUAAAGAGGAUUGGUUUCAUGAUCAGGAUGACCCUUGGCUAUGUGAGUGACCAUUGGGCACAAUUUGUGAGCCAUAAUAGAGGUUUGGGAUUGGUCCUACAGCCCUACUCCGUGGAGAAACUGCAGAUUGAAUUUGAUGAGCUAUUUUUGCGAGCUGUCCUACACGUGCUGAAAGCCAAAAGACUUGGCAUUUGGCUGUUUAUGUCUGAAAUGCCCUUCGGGACACUGUCAGUUCAGAUGCUGUGGAAGCUUUUCUUUCUCAUGCACCAGGUGGAGAGCGAGAACCUGCAGCAGCUAUGCUCUGCCCUCCACCCGGCAGAGUGCAAGAGGCAGCUCCAAGACCCAAAGCAUUUUGAGAAGUUUGAGAAGUGUCUUUCUUCAAUGAAUAGCUCGGAAGAGAUUUGCCUUCUGACUACCUUUGCUCAGAUGGCUCAGGCCAUAAGAAACAACGUAGAUGAAGACUUCAUAAAAAUUAUUGUUCUGGAGAUAUAUGAGGUAUCUUAUGUCACCCUAUCUACCAGAGAGACUUUCUCAAAAGUUGGUCGAGAGCUUUUGGGGGCCAUCACAGCAGUUCACCCUGAGAUAAUUUCUGUACUGCUGGAUAGAGUUCAAGAUACCAUUGACCAGGUUGGAAUGGUUUCUUUAUACUUGUUUAAAGAACUGCCUUUGUAUCUUUGGCAACCUUCUGCCUCUGAAAUAGCUGUGAUUCGAGACUGGUUAUUGAAUUACAACCUCACAGCAGUGAAGAAUAAACUGGCCUGUGUUAUUUUAGAAGGACUGAAUUGGGGAUUUGCUGAACAGGGUACCCUACAUCUGGAUCAAGCAGUUCAUGCUGAAGUGGCCUUAAUGGUUCUUGAGGCUUAUCAGAAAUAUCUUGCACAGAAGCCGUAUGCUGGGCUUCUUUCUGAAAGUAUGAAGCAGGUCUCAUAUUUGGCCAGUAUUGUUCGAUAUGGAGAAACUCCUGAGACUUCAUUUAACCAAUGGGCAUGGAAUUUGAUUUUGAGAUUAAAACUACACAAAAAUGAUUAUGGAAUGCAACAGAAUUGUUCAACUGUGCCUUUCUCCAGCACAGUGCCUGACAUGACAGACUCACCCACGUUUCAUCCUCUUUUGAAGGCUGUGAAAGCAGGCAUGCCCAUUGGCUGUUAUCUCGCCUUAUCUAUGACAGCUGUGGGCCACAGUGUUGAGAAGUUCUGUGCAGACGGCAUCCCACUGUUGGGAAUUCUGGUCCAGUCAAGGCAUUUAAGAACAGUGGUCCAUGUUCUAGAUAAGAUUCUACCUUUGUUCUACCCUUGCCAAUAUUACCUUCUGAAGAAUGAGCAGUUCUUGUCGCACCUCCUUCUCUUCCUACACUUGGACAGUGGAGUACCUCAAGGUGUCACUCAGCAGGUCACCCACAAGGUGGCACAGCAUCUGUCAGGAGCUAGCCAUGGGGACAACUUGAAACUUCUCAACAGCAUGAUCCAGACGCACGUAUCUAUAAGCAUUCAGCCCAACCAAGUGGGUCCUGUAGCUGUGCUGGAGUUCUGGGUUCAGGCUCUUAUAAGCCAGCAUCUUUGGUACCGAGAACAGACUGUCCUCUUCCUCAUGGACCAUUUGUGUAAAACAGCUUUCCAGUUGAUGCAGGAAGACUGUGUACAGAAAUUACUCUACCAGCAGCACAAGAAUGCUUUAGGUUAUCACUGUGACCGGAGUCUGCUUUCUUCCUUGGUGAGCUGGAUCGUGGCAGGCAACAUCACCCCUUCAUUUGUGGAGGGCUUGGCCACACCCACUCAGGUCUGGUUUGCAUGGAUGGUGCUGAACAUGGAAUCUAUCUUUGAAGAAGACUCCCAGCUUCGAAGAGUUGUUGAAGGGGAACUGGUUAUAAAUUCUACUUUUACCCCUGAACAGGCUCUAAAGAAGGCCCAGGCUCAGCUGAAGCUUCCCAUUGUCCCGUCCCUACAAAGACUGUUGAUUUAUCGUUGGGCCCACCAGGCUAUGCUCACGCCUUCUGAUCAUCCUCUUCUGCCACUUAUUUGGCAGAAGUUCUUCCUCCUGUAUCUUCACCGUCCAGGACCACAAUAUGGGCUACCCAUAGAUGGUUGUAUUGGAAGAAGGUUUUUUCAAAGUCCUUCUCAUAUCAAUUUGUUGAGAGACAUGAAGAAGCGUCUGACUGAGGUGGCUGACUUUCACCAUGCUGCAAGCAAAGCCCUUCGCAUUCCAGCAGAGGGCAGCGAAGGGCUGCCAGAGAGCCAGGCUGGCACCCCUGGUUACCUGACAUCACCAGAACUGCACACAGAACUUGUGAGGCUCUUCAAUGUAUAUAUAUUAUGGUUAGAAGAUGAAAAUUUUCAAAAAGGAGAUACCUAUAUCCCUUCUCUACCAAAGCAAUAUGAUAUUCACAGGCUCGCAAAAGUGAUGCAGAAUCAGCAGGAUCUGUGGAUGGAGUAUUUGAACAUGGAGCGUAUACAUCAUGAGUUCCAGGAAACUGUUGGUCUAUGGAUGCAGACCAAGCAUGAGUCCUAUUCCAUACCCUGCAGCCUGUCAGCACAGCUGGACUUUACUGAUCCUUUGUUGGCUAAAGAAAGGAUUUUAAGUAACUUGCGGAAGCAUGAGACCCCCCAUCCAUACCUUGUUCUGCACCCCAUGCGACCUCCUGUGCCAGUUAUCAAUUCAGCUGCACUACUGAAUCAGAGGGACACCACCCAGCUGGUGUGCAAAGAUCUGAAUUUGUUGCAACAGCAGGCCAGAACUGCAGCUCUUCGGGAAUCUCAGCAGGUUGCUCUGGAUGGUGAGCUGUUGGAAACGAUGCCCAAACAGUAUGCUAACCGAGAAGAGCAGGCUACCCUACAUUUGGAAUGUAGAGGCAGUGGGGGUAAGAAAUGCCAAGGACCAGCAAUUGUCACAGUCCAGUUUGAAGGCAUGCAUAAGAAUGAAGCUGUAAGCCAGCAGCUUCAUGUUUUGCGAAAAGAAGUGAAACAUUUGCAAGCAGAAGCUGCCAAACCCCCAUCACUUAAUGUUGUGGAAGCUGCUGUGCAUGCAGAAAACUUGAUUACGGCGUUAGUCAAUGCCUACAAGUUGCAUCCUACACUUGGGCUUCAGAAAGUUGGCAUUAGCCUUUUCUUCACUGUUGUGGAUUAUGUCAGUGAUGAGACUCAGCGCCAUCCUCCUACAAGACAGUUCUUUACUUCAUGCAUUGAGAUCUUGGGACAGGUGUUUAUCAGUGGCACUACAUCAGAAUGCAAGAAGGUACUUCAGACCAUUCUGAAGAACAGAAGGCUCUGUUCCCUUCUGUCUCCUUUCUUCACUCCCAAUGCUGCACCUGCCGAGUUCAUUCAGCUCUAUGAAAAAGUGGUGAAUUUCCUAAGUGAAGACAACAGUGAUAUGAUUUUCAUGCUGCUCACUAAGUUCGAUCUUAAGCAAUGGUUAAACACCACUAAACCUCCUCUAUCUGAUCGUACCAGGCUUCUGGAGUCCAUUCAUUUGGCACUUACUGCCUGGGGACUUGAACCAGAUGAAGAUAUUUUGAUGCCAUUUAAUCUUUUCUGUAAACAUUGGACUUACCUUCUUCUCUACCAAUUCCCUGACCAAUACAGUGAUGUUCUCAGGCUACUGAUGCAAAGCUCUGCAGAGCAGCUGCUGAGCCCUGAGUGCUGGAAAGCCACUCUGAAUGCCCUGGGCUGCUAUACCCUAAGUGGCCAGCAGGGGACAGCUUCUACUGAGAAUGCUCGGCUUCAGAACUCUGGAGAUGUUCUCUUGUCAGACAAACAGGUAACAGAGACAAUACAGUGGCUUUCAGAUUUUUUCAAUAAACUUCGGUUAUCCAAGUUGGAUUUCAGAAGCUUUGGUUUAUUCUCAAAAUGGAGUCCUUACAUGGCUGAUGUGAAGAUGCUUUUGGGCUAUCUAGUACAAAGGCUGAUUGACUCAGAAGUGGCCUCAUUGGCCCAUGACCCACCUGCCAGCAGCCUAGCAGUGCUGAAAUCUUUACAUUCAGUAAUCAUCCAACUCUUUAAGCCAUGGAUCCUGGUUUUAGAGAGCAAUGAAAGCAGCCAACAGCGACAUUACCCCUGGCUGGAGAGUGAUGCUGUGGUGGCCACCAGCAUUGUGCAGCUCUUUACUGACUCUGUCUGUUCACUGCAUGAGAAUUUUAAAGACAGGCUGCUGCCAGGUGAGGACGGAGCCCUCCGCUUACAUUUGAUGCAUUAUUGUGAAGCGUGCACAGCACCCAAAAUGCCGGAGUUCAUUCUGUAUGCUUUCCAUAGUGCAUAUAAGAAACUCCCCUGGAAGGACCUGCACCCGGAUCAGAUGCUCAUGGAGGCCUUCUUUAAAGUGGAAAGAGGAAGUCCCAAGAGUUGUUUCUUGUUUUUGGGGUCUGUACUCUGUGAAGUCAAUUGGGUUAGUGUGCUGUCAGAUGCCUGGAAUCCUAGUCCACACCCCGAAACUCGGAGCAUGAUUGUCUGCCUCCUUUUCAUGAUGAUUUUGCUGGCAAAGGAAGUUCAACUGGUAGACCAAACAGAUUCACCUUUACUUAGUCUUCUUGGACAGACGAGCUCACUUACGUGGCAUCUUGUGGACAUUGUGUCAUACCAGAGUGUGUUAAGUUAUUUCAGCAGUCAUUACCCACCAUCCAUCAUCCUGGCAAAGGAAUCUUCUGCAGAAUUGAUUGUGAAGCUUCUGAAAGUAUCUGCAGGACUUGCUAUUCCUACUGAUGGCCAGAAACAUCUUGAUGUGGUUCCAAAAUGCCAAGCUUUCACUCACCAGAUGGUUCAGUUCCUCAGUACCCUGGAACAAAAUGGAAAAAUCACCUUUGCAGUCCUAGAACAGGAAAUGGCUAAGCUCCUAGAUGAUAUUAUUGCCUUUAACCCACCUGACAUGGACAGCCAGACCCGCCACAUGGCCCUCAGCAGCCUCUUCAUGGAAGUCCUGAUGAUGAUGAACAACUCAAGUAUUCCAACGGCAGAGUUCCUUCGAGGCAGCGUCCGAACCUGGAUUAACCAAAAAGUUCAUGGGCUGGUGGUACUGCCUCUUUUGACAGCAGCCUGCCAGAGCCUGGCUUCAGUCCGCCACAUGGCAGAGACUACAGAGGCCUGCAUCGCUGCCUAUUUCAAAGAAAGCUCCCUCAAUCAAAAUUUAGGAUGGGGCCCUAUUCUGGUGUCCCUUCAAGUUCCUGAGCUCACCAUGGAAGAAUUUCUGCAGGAGUGCCUAGCCCUUGGCAGUUACUUGACUCUUUAUGUCUACCUGCUUCAAUGUUUAAAUACUGAGCAGACUCUAAGGAAUGAAAUGAAAGUACUGCUCACCCUAAGCAAGUGGUUAGAGCAGGUAUACCCGAGCUCUGCAGAGGAAGAAGCAAAGCUGUUUCUGUGGUGGCACCAAGUUCUGCAGCUGUCCCUGAUUCAGACAGAACAGAAUGACUCAGUCCUGAUUGAGUCUGUCAUCCGGAUUCUGCUCAUGCUGCAGAGCAGGCAGAGUCUUGUGGCUGAGGAGAGGCUCAGCUCUGGAAUUCUGGGGGCAAUCGGGUUGGGCCGAAAGUCACCUUUGUCCAACAGGUUCCGAGUGGUUGCCCGAGGUAUGGCUGCCUUCCUUUCAGUUCAGGUUCCUACAGAAGACCAGAUCCGUCUCAAGCCUGGCUCUGAAUUACAUCUGACUCCCAAAGCUCAGCAGGCUCUGGCUGCUCUUGAGUCCAUGACACUGAGUAAGCAGUAUGUGGAGUACCAGGAUAAGAUACUACAAGCUGCUCAGUUUAUAAAGCAUCCUGGCCAUUGCCUCCAAGAUGGGAAAAGCUUCCUGGCUCUUCUUGUGAACUGUCUGUACCCAGAAGUGCAUUAUUUGGACAAUAUACGAUAGCAACACUGAGGCUCUUGCAAAACCCUGCUGCUGUUCAUGUUUACAUUUAACUUUGCUGUUGCACAAGUAACUUUGCUCAUUUUCACUGCAGAGCUCAGUUCUGCCAAGAAGUAGUUGUGUGAGACACAAGUUGGCAGAGGGUGUGUGUGUGUGUGUGUGUGUGUGUGUGUGUGUGUGUGU